UUAAUCUGUUUAUUAUAUAUACUCAUCAUGAUAUCAAUAUUAUUAUUAAUAUCCAUCAUUAGGCACCUUAUACAGUAUGUAGAUAGACUGGGAGUAGAGACUUGGUCUGCAUGCCGGUUGGAUACAAAAACACUCAGAACAGAAUCGAAACAUGCUGUCAACACGGCAGAGAAAAAAAAAAAAAUCUUGUAUUCUUGUUAGAUUGUGUCUGUGGUGUCGCUUACAUGUUUGCUUCUACACUUGAUUAUGCAUAACUAAUGUGAAACCUGUGCCUGAUAAUUUGCUGAGAGAUAUGCGUGUACAUAGUGUCACCGUGUUUGUGUGUGUGUGUGCUUGUGUGUGUGUGAGUCUGGGUUUGUGUGCAUUUUACGUGCGUGCCAGCAUGUGUGAAAGGUUCUUGUGCAAUAAACACUGUGUGAGGUUUAGUCUGGCGUUCCCUUGUGUAACAGUUCACUGUGUAUCAGCGUCUAUGAGUGCGUGCCAAGCCUCUUACAGGUACUGGGAGACUGUGGGCUGAGCCAGUUCAGGCAAGUCCUCGGCGACAACUUGGCAAAGUUGCCAGAUCUCGAGCUGGUUAAACCUGGAUAUCAGAGCCAGAGACACUGUGGAAAGUUCUCCUCAUGCCUCUGGAGGAAAAUCUAUUCCCUCACUUCCCCCCCCUGUGUGUAUGGAGCGAGCACAAACUCUGGAGAGUAACAAUAAAGAAUCAAUAUUUUACUGCAUACACCCAGGGUUAUUACGGUGCUGCAGCCUGGAUCACUGAAACACACUGCUACAUUUGUUAUGUAGUGGAGAGCCUGCAAGCAAAUUCAGGUCUUAACCUACAGUUUAUUGUGUCUGCAUGAAAUUUUUAAAAAUUAAUUUCAAAGAAGCUUUGAGAGAAUACAUUUUGACAUGAACGCUUUCAAUAAUCCUUUACAGCUGCACUGAAGGGCAGAAUUGCAAUUGAGUAAGAACACAGACACAGUACUUUCUUUACAGGGCCACAAUCAAAAUAUGAUGAAAUGCAAUGCAAGUGGUUGAUAUACUGUAAGAUCACAAGGACUCAGCCUUGUGUUCUUUUCCCAGCAGGAUUUUUGGGGAUGCAUGGACCUUGGUUUUGUCAGGCUUCUGUGCGCAAAUUUGAAUGCUUCUCAACCAUAUCUGAGCAAAACGAGUUUAACUUGAAAAAAAUGUUUGACAUUUGGGGAAUAUUUUCUUCUUGCCAUGACUUAGAUGAGGAGAUUGAUAGCAUUCUCAUGUCUGUCCGCUACAUUUGGAGCUAAAGUCAGCAGCUGGUUAGCUUGGCAUAAAGACUGGAAAAACUGGAACAACUAUCCUGGCUCCGUCUAAAGGUAUCCAGGGUUCUCACACAUUUCCAUGGACAAAAAUCUCAUUUCAAAAUCUUUCCAUGACUUUUAAAGGACUCAAAAUAAAAUUUCCAUAACCAUUUACAAUGUAUACCACGAACAUUGCUCCAUCUAAAAAAUUCUGUAUAAUUAAAAGUAGUUGUGGGGUGUAGCAUAGAUGGAAACUUUGGGAUUCAUGAUCCGAUUUUUAUUCAAACAUACCAGAUUCAAACUCUAUUCAAACCUAACUCCAGCUAGCGGGCAUCCACGGAUGAAGAGGUGAUCAUGGGGUGAAAACACAAAAUGUCACACAUCACUGAAUAUUAGAGCUACAUUAUGUCAACAGCUCCAGAAAAUACAUUUGCUGUUAUGUUACAUUACGCGGAAGGUUAUCCAUGGAAGAUUACUGCAACAAUUAAUUUCAUUACACACAAUGAAAUUCCGUGACUCUCCCAGAACGUUCAAGGAUUUCACUAAUUCCAUGACUUUCCCAGCUCUGGAAAAUGAGACUAUGAAAUUCCAUGACUUUUUCUGGUUUUCCAUGAUCCCUGGGUAUAAAAACACACAUUCCACUUCAGUUUUGAUCCAUCAACCAGCACUUCAGUUUUGUACCGAUACACCUUCAGAGGUGUUGGUUGGUGGAUUUUUUUUGCCUUUGGACAGGUGGCUUUUCUCAUUUGUCAGUUUUGUGCCUCCUUGUCUCCUCUCUCUUCCGUCCUCCUACCUGUGACCCGGAAAUCAAUCUCAGCGUGCCAUCUUGAUAAAUGUCUGUGAAAUUCCUAAAAUGCAUCUUAAGGAGAGAGAAGGCUUGCACAGGUGUGUCCUUUGCAGAUGUUUUUUCAGCACCUUUGACAAAUAAAAAAAGGGUGUCGACGGUGUGAAACACAGUUUAUGAUGCAGCUGUACCCCACUUCAGUAUGACAUUACUUUAAAGUAAUGUUUCUACAGCAUGUCUCAUUUUGUUAAAUGCCUGUUGCCCCAACUCCUCUCUCCUCGUGUCUCCUCCUGACCUCCUCUGCUCGCACCUCAGUGAGGAGAGACUGGGAGGCAAGGACGGGAAUCGAGAAUGUUAAACUGAAAUGAGGAAAGCCUAAAGCCGUCUAACAGUCUAACCUGACUGCUGGGUGUAGCUUUAUAUUUAAUAGACAAAUAUAAUGGUGAUAUCGAUGUCAUCAUUUAACUUUUGGCAAGAAAGCAAAUAGGCAGAUUUAAAUUUUAACUUUUGCCCGGAUAUUGUCACGAAUAUUUCAACAUAACGGCCGAAAUACAUGAGGCAUGGAUGGGGCUGCUUUCAUUACCACUGGUACAAUAUAUGUUAGAUGUGGGUAGAGAAGAAAAAAUAAGAAGUUAGUAAGAGCCUGACAAAACCAAGGUCAUACAACAAAACUGAACAGACAUUAAACAAAUUAGAUAGAGCUUGUUAACUGCUUAGCAUUAGAGGUGCCGGUAGCCAGAUUUCGUUGCCCUUGGACAGAGUAAGGCUCGCUGUUUCCUCCCAUUUACAGUCUUUAUGCUAAGCUAACAGGCUGCUGGCAGUGUAGCGUACAGAUAUGAUAGUGGAGUAAAUCUUCUCAUCCUCACAAAUUACUAUAUUUCCCGAAGCUGUUCCUGUAACACCAAUAAGAGGUUACACAGAAUUUUUAGCAUUAGUAUCAUUAAGAUCAAUUUGUUAUAUUCAUGAGAAUAGUUACAUUAUAGCAUCAGGAGCUCCUACCAAGGGUCAUUUGCAUAAAUUAAGCCAGAUCUCACACUCACCGCAGCCUUUUCCCUCUGCAAACCAUUUCUCCCAGUUCACAUAUCCAAAGUGGAGAAUUUCCAAACUCAACGGAAGUUUCAGCCCUCCCCUUCCUCCUGUGGGCCUUGACAGACAUGGACACGACAUCUCCACCCGACCGUGAAAUAGCCACUUGUGUUUUAGCCCGAACAACUCCAUUCCUAUGUGACUGUCAGCACACACAAACACACACACCUACACACACACCAACACACACACACUCCUUGAGGCUUUUGUAGUCCUGGAGGAACGACUGUAUGUCCUGAAGAACUGAUCAAUACUAUUCAAUCUGAUCACGGGUCUUUGCAGCAUUAGGCUACAGCUGCUAUCCAAACAAUGAAUGGCUGGACACAGAGGGACCUGUCUACAAAUGGAAUCCCAUUAAAAUGCAAUGGUUCUCGGGGGCUGAUGUUGACCCCCUUUUUCCCCCCCUGCUCCAAUGGCAGCAGCUAUUUUAUGCACCUCUGAUUGACAGCUCCCAUCCAGGAAGGGAAAGAUGUUGUUACCAUGACAACAGCUCAUGCUACACCAGCGUGGAUACGAGCUUUUUGAUAAAAACCACCACAAGUACGCUGAAACCAGCAUCUGAUAUUGAGAGGUCAUUAUAACGGCUACAGGGUUUCAUAAUGUAUUUACACUCAUAGACACGGUGAAGAUGAUCUGAGUAACAGCUGUUUUGUUUUGUGACAGACACAUGUGCUUUUAAGUGCAGUUAAAAUACCUAUAAUAUCAACAGUGAGUGGCCAUUAUUCACAUUGACAGCAGAGAUUUUGAGUUUCUCAUCAGAGAUAAAUAGAAUACAGUGUAUCUUCCUAUUAGACUGACAGACAACAUUUCCAUGGUGAGCUUUUGCGCACAGCACGCCUCCUUUCUACACUAUUUUCAAUACAUCUCAUCUAAAAAUAGUUUCAAGCUGCGAGAUGGAAAGCAGACAAAGCAAUAAAAGAGUCGGCAAUACAGACGGGAGGAAAUGAAAAAGCCUCUUCUUUAGUUAUCUGUGAUGUCUUUUCUUCUUUUUCUCUCCUCAUUAGCAGUAAAGAGUUUCAAGUUGAAGCAUCUCCUGGUUCAAGAAGCCCUUUUGCUGUGCCUGCUCCUUUUUUUUUCAUUUCAGCCACUCCCUUUCCCAUCUUUUUCCGGUUUACCUACUACCACAGUGCUUUUAGGGACACCGAGGGAAUUUCCUUCUCGCAGUUCAUCCCUUUUGUUUCCUCCAGGUUCUGCUUCAUCUCCUUCAGAUUGCUUUUCACAACGAUGUCGUUCAUUUCAGUGGGAGCCAACUUAACCGUACCUAAUGUGAUGCCAGGUUCAGUGUUUUUUUUCCCCUACUAACUGUUGGUUUCGUUUCACAGAUAAGUUCUCUCAGGCUUACUGUCUAUCCAAAGAGAGUGAUCCACAAUAUGCAGAGGGCAAAAAGUGUUGGAGAGAUAUGGAUACUUCACCAGGCGUUGUUGAACACCGUUUACAGGAUCUAUGCACAGGAUGAGAGCACAAAAACAUACGCACAGUUGUGUAAAAUGUGUCACCCCUUUGCAGCCGUGGGAAUAGUCUGUGAGGAGAAAAGGUGGAAGAAUAAAGAGAGGAGAGUUGUUUAAUAGUGGUCUUGUGGACAGUCAUUAUGUUGCCACCACUGAAAGUCCCUGCCCAGUCACCAGAAUAAAAUGUUGGCAUUAUGUUUCUGGAAACCACAGUUAUGUUACAUUUGUUUGUUUCAUACAUGUGACAUACUUCAGAUUACAUGUAUAUGAGUUUCUCAUCAGGAGGGGAUGGUGGAUGGCAAGACACCUUGGUGAAAUAGUUGCCAAGCAGCAGACAGCAGCAGACCACUGUUCGAGACCAACAAAUGCAGGUGUUUUUUAACGAUAGUUUGGGACAUGUCCACCCAUAUUUGUAGCGGAAAAAAACAGGUGGUUUUUUUAUGAUAGUUCGAGACAUGCCCAGCCAUGUUUGUAGCAACAAAGGUGAGUGUUUUGUACUGUCAGUUUGGGACAUGUCCAGCCAUGUUUGUAAUGAAAAAACUGGGUAUAUUUUAACAACAGUUUGGGACAUGUCCAACCAUAUGUGUAGCAACAAAACUGAGUAUAUUUUAACAACAGUUUGGGACAUGUCCAACCAUGUUUGUAGCAACAAAACUGGGUAUAUUUUAACAACAGUUUGGGACAUGUCCAGCCAUGUUUGUAGCGGGGAAAAAACAGGUGUUUUUUUUAUGAUAGUUCGAGUCAUGCCCAGCCAUGUUUGUAGCAACAAAGGUGGGUGUUUUUUAAUGUCAGUUUGGGACAUGUCCAACUAUAUGUGUAGCAACAAAACUGGGUAUAUUUUAACAACAGUUCGAGACAUGCCCAGCCAUGUUUGUAGCAACAAAACUGGGUAUAUUUUAACAACAGUGUGGGACAUGUCCAACCAUAUGUGUAGCAACCAAACUGGGUAUAUUUUAACAACAGUUUGGGACAUGCCCAGCCAUGUUUCUAGUGACAAAACUGGGUAUUUUUUAACAACAGUUCGAGACAUGCCCAGCCAUGUUUGUAGCAACAAAACUGGGUAUAUUUUAACAACAGUUUGGGACAUGUCCAACCAUAUGUGUAGCAACAAAACUGAGUAUAUUUUAACAACAGUUUGGGACAUGUCCAGCCAUGUUUGUUUCUACAAAACUGAGUAUAUUUUAACAACAGUCUGGGACAUGUCCAACCAUGUUUGCUGCUACAAAACUGGGUAUAUUUUAACAACAGUUUGGGACAUGUCCAACCAUGUUUGUAGCAACAAAACUGGGUAUAUUUUCACAACAGUUUGGGACAUGUCCAACCAUAUGUGUAGCAACAAAACUUGGUAUAUUUUAACAACAGUUUGGGACAUGUCCACCCAUAUGUGUAGCAACAAAACUGAGUAUAUUUUAACAACAGUCUGGGACAUGUCCAACCAUGUUUGUUGCUACAAAACUGGGUAUAGUUUAACAACAGUCUGGGACAUGUCCAGCCAUGUUUGUUGCUACAAAACUGGGUAUAGCCUAUUUUAAUAACAGUUUGGGACAUGUCCAACCAUAUGUGUAGCAUCAAAACUGGGUAUAUUUUAACAACAGUUUGGGACAUGUCCAGCCAUGUUUGUUGCAACAAAACUGGGUAUAUUUUAACAACAGUUUGGGACAUGUCCAACCAUAUGUGUAGCAUCAAAACUGGGUAUAUUUUAACAUCAGUUUGGGACAUGUCUAGCCAGGUUUGUUGCUACAAAACUGGGUAUAUUUUAACAACAGUUUGGGACAUGUCUAGCCAGGUUUGUUGCUACAAAACUGGGUAUAUUUUAACAACAGUUUGGGACAUGUCCAACCAUAUGUGCAGCAUCAAAACUGGGUAUAUUUUAACAACAGUUUGGGACAUGUCCAACCAUGUUUGCAGCAAAAAAAAAAAAAAAAAUGCAAAACUAUGUAUUUUUUAAGUGUUUGGGACAUGUCCAGCUGCAUUUGUAGAAACACAACAAGGUAUUUUAAACCCAAACAUUAUGUUUUUGUAACACUUACCAAGUAGUUUUUGAGCCUUAACAUUAAUCACAGCGUUGUCAUAACAUACAACUGAAAAAUGAAAGGUCAAGAAAUGUAAAGUUUCAACAUAUCCGCUACAUAUGAAACAUACAAAUGUAACAUCCAUGGACUGCAGAAACAUCUCAUGCCAACAUUUAUUCUAGUGACUAGGUUGAAAGCCCUGAGUAGGGCAGAGCCAGGCUCAGAAGUGCACCACAAGAGUACUCAUGGGAGAUAAUAGAUAGGUGCUACAAUGAAGGAGCCAACAUGCCACAAACAGACCUAGAGACUGUGUUUGAGUUUAAAUGAAGAAGAGGAUUAUAGGUAUCACUCUCACUGAGGGGAGGGUAGAUUUCUCUAAAAGCAAAUCCACACACACACAUGAAACUAUCGUUCCAUCUCAAGGCGAUGGAGCAGAGAUUAUCUUUGUGUUUAAAUGCUUUUAGGAAACCCAGCCAAGGCAAGUGUUGAAUUCUGGGUAGAUUAAUUGUUGGAAGGGCUUGGCUGUCGGCUUGGAUCUUGAGGGAGAGGGAGUGAAGUGAUUCUGAGAGGAGUGGAGGAGUUAUAGCGUGAGAGGUCUGGUGGAGGUUUGGCUGCAAAGGUCAGAAACGACUGGAGAUGGGACGCCUGAAAUGGAAACUGUGGGUCAGAUUCCAGGAAGCUGUGAGGAAUUGUUUGGACUGCGAGGAAACAGCAAGUCAGAACUCGUGGGAGCUUCUCAGGAGUGGCUGGGAAGAAGGCAUGAGUUUUUUCCAGAUCGGAUGAGGACGGAGACCAGGGGUGUGAGACGGAGAGCUGAGAUUGUUCCACGAAGAAGUCUGGGGAUCACAUAAUUGGGGUGGAUGUUGGCAAGGCGGUGGGUAUCUGCGUCCUUUUGUGACUGGA